GGAGGGCAGCGAGGAAGGAGGGCGAAGUGCGUGGGGGAGGCAGACCUGAGGCAGACAGACAGGCGAGAGAGAGAGAGAGAGAGAGGCGCUGGGGCGAAACAUGUCAAUGCACGAGGAGCCAUGGCCUGCCUGUGCUGCGUCCGUGUCGGCACACUUUCACUCCACCAGAAUUUCACCGCGCCCUGUGCUCUGGGACCCUCGCCUCCUUAUGCCAGUUCUUGGUGCUCGUCCGACGCACUUGCGAUGCCCGUCUCGGCCUCUCGGCAAGUUCCACAUUCUGCAUCAGCAGCUCCUGCUCUAGACGUUGCUGACCUCUCACUGUUACCUUACAAUGUUGUCAUUGGACCAGCUAACCACUUGCUUCAGGUUACCGAGGAGAGACAGUAUGUCCAAGAAGUCUCAGCAAAAUCUUAAGUGCCGAUCCUUUUAAUAAUUCUAGAACCAUCAAAGCUGGACUUAGUAAUUGUAAAACAUCAUCUAUAGCCCUUUUAAAUACACGUGUUCUUGAUUUGCAGCGAACCCAUUGUAGUUACAGGUUAGGUUUUAGAAAGAGGAGAACUCAUGGUCUCCCAGGAUCAAGAAAAAACUAUAGCCACCUUCGAUGGCGCGGACGUGAUUUAAAGCGUGGAGUUUUGUUUAACCAGAUGGAAAACCUCGAAGAGAACUCUCAAUCCGUUGUCAUGAGUCAUGUUCCAGGAACUGACAGCGCAAGUAGCGCGUCGUUCAUGGAUAGGCUCAAGAAACACCCUUUAAGCGGGCUAUUCGACGGUAUCAGCAAUUCAUUCCGCGCAGAUGAGCUUGGUAAGGAGAUUGCUGUCAUUGCUUUACCUGCUCUUUUAGCAUUGGCGGCGGACCCCCUUGCCUCCUUGGUGGACACUGCUUUCAUCGGGCAAAUAGGUCCCGUGGAUCUGGCUGCCGUCGGAGUCUCCAUUUCAAUCUUCAAUUUGGUAUCGAAGAUGUUCAACUUACCUCUUUUGAAUAUCACAACAUCCUUUGUCGCGGAAGAUGAAGCAUCUGCCAAAGAUGGCACUCUAGAGCCACCCACGGAAGAAUCGCCAUUCCGUUCAACGGGAACGGAGGAGGAAAUGGAGUUAUUGCAGCCACAUGAACUUUACAUUCCCAAGAGCACGAAGCCCCUUCUUCCUGCAGUGUCAUCAGCACUUGUAUUGGGAACCGCUCUGGGUGUAAUGGAAGCUACGGUGCUGACAGUUGGUGCGGGGCCUAUUCUGAGUAUGAUGGGUGUCGGAGCUGGUUCGUCCAUGCGAACACCAGCUCUCCAGUACCUGGCACUUCGAGCAAUUGGAGCUCCAGCGGUAGUAGUUGCCUUAGCAGUACAGGGUGUUUUUCGUGGAUUCAAGGAUACGAGGACUCCCUUAAUUGCCACGGUUCUUGGUAACGUUGUGAAUAUCAUCCUCUGUCCCAUCCUCAUGUUUUCUUUCAAAUUCGGUGUUGGUGGAGCUGCUGUUGCAACCGUUAUCUCACAGUACCUCAUGGCUCUCAUUUUGCUGUGGACUUUGAAUUCACGCGUCAUGCUUCUUCCACCUAAACUGGGUGACUUGCGGUUUGACAGAUUCUUGAAGUCUGGUACUCUGCUUUUGACUCGUACACUGGCCAUCCUUUUAACCAUGACUCUUGCAACAUCCAUGGCUGCUCGACUUGGUCCUAUUCCAAUGGCUGCGCAUCAGAUUUGCAUGCAAGUCUGGCUUGCUGCAUCUUUACUCUCAGACUCAUUAGCUCUGGCAGGACAGGCUAUUAUUGCUAGUGCAUUCGCGAAAGAGGACUACAGACGAGUUAAGCAGGCAUCAUUCCGAAUUUUGCAGAUGGGUCUCGGUUUCGGAGUCUUCAUGGCGUUGCUCCUUGGCGUGGGUUCUGGCUGGUUCACGAAACUUUUCACUAAUGACGUUGGGGUCUUGGAGAUCAUGUCAUUUAUUUUACCGUUUGUUAUCCUCACUCAACCCAUCAACUCGUUGGCUUUCGUAUUCGAUGGAAUAUACUAUGGAGUCUCUGAUUUCUCCUUUGCUGCCUACUCGAUGGUUGUUGUAGCCAUUCCGUCAUCGAUAUUCUUGCUAUGCUUGCCACCAAUGUGGGGCAUUGUUGGAGUUUGGACUGGUCUGACAGUGCUCAUGAUCUUACGAAUGUCUGCCGGAUUCUUCAGAAUCAGUACAAGUACUGGUCCUUGGAAUGCAAUCAACAAAGAUUACGAAGAGAGACUCAUGGGAAACGACAUCGAAGAUAACAUCACAACUUUGUGAUGCUCAAUGCAGCCACUCAAGCGUAUAGUAUAUUCUUCGAUCUUUAGCACUCAGGGUUAUCAACACGUGGAGUUCUGAUAAUCUUGUGUAAGCUUCUAGGACCGGAGAUGUGUCUGAAAAGUAGUCUCAAAGUCCACCCGGAAAGGGCCAUAGUUGUAUAUAUGAAUAAAAUUCAUUCAAUUCCAUUUGAUGGUCAUGUGUUUCUAAGACUAGAUUGAAGUUUCCUUCGCUAGCCAGGUGUAGUUUUGAGGUUAGUCAAGCUUAUUUUUUUUCAAACUUCUAUCUCUAGUUCUGGAACCAUUGAUGUGCAUAAUUUAUUCAUUUAGUUCAGUCAGUGAAGCACUGCCCAUGCAAUUGUGGAGAAGGAAUAUGUGUGAAACUUCGCAAGAUUUCAUUAUCUUUCCCACAAAUGACGCAAGGAAGAAUGCGUACAACGGGUGACUAUCUUUCUAUUAAAGAGGAGGAAGCUGGUAAUUGUCCCGGCAUUGUACCACGGGUGAACUUGUGUACACCCGGUCAUUAUAUGGCGGAUACCACUAUCUGAUCAAUGAAUGGAUGGAACUUGACCCACGAAAAACUUCUCAAGUAAGGCAAACACUUGAAGCCUCCUACGUCAACCCUAAUCUCACCUUUUCAUCUAUGAAAGGUUAAAUGGAUUUCAGGAAUUGAGGGUGGGUUGAAAUGCCCGUUUUCUCGAGUAAGCGUGAAAGUCGGAUUUAGCUCGGUUUGUGUAUGGUGUGGAAAUUUGGAGCUGCCAAAUCGAAAUGUUUAAAGUGGUUUCCUGUGGCUUUUCCUCAACCACAAUGAUGGAUUAGAUUGCAGAAGUACUGGCAUGGUGGAGGGGU